CCUCUGGUAGCCUGACCAUCUCGGCACAUGUGAAGAGCGCAGACGGACAAGAGACGGACAGAAAAACAAAAAGAUGAAAGCAAAGAGAAGAGUGAGAAAAUAGGACGAGGGAAAGCCGGCGAUUGUAUGAGAGUAUGGCUCUGGUGAUGACGUGAAGCGGCGCACACAUCUGGAACAGCUUGAGCAGCUGCACCUGAAGAAGAGGGCUCCUCUGCAAAGCCUCUGCCGGCACUUUCUCCUUCUCCCUCGUGCUCUUUUUUUUCUCUUGCAGUCUCUAAAUCUUUUUUUCUCUGGUCUCCGCCUGCUGGAAUGGUUACCCGCUGAGCAUCAGCAAAGAAGAGCGAGUGAGCCGAAGCGAAAAAAGAAGAGGGAGAAAGCACAAGAGGACAGUAACACGGGAAAGAAUUACUAGGCAUGAGGUAGGAGAGACAAGUUGACAACCACGUUAUGAGUGGAAGUAAAGAAGAGAAGGAGCAUAAGUAAUUUAUAAAAAAAAAAAAAAAGGAGGAGUGGAAGAGAAACAGAGGUGAAGGGGGAUUAAAAAGCCGGAAUGUGCUGACACUGGAGACCUAAGUUUCUAUCUGCGUUUGGCACAGAUGAUUCCAAGAGGCCACGCCAGGAGAAGAGAACACCAUCCAAGGAGCUAUUAACCCCUCUCCUCCUCACCCUCAGCUUGCCUCCCACCCAGCUUCCCAUAAGUGCCCUCCCUCCCUCCCUCUUUCUGGCCCUUGCAACCUACCUGCACCAGUCACAACACGCUGGAGCUGGAGAGUCACACACACUCACAUUCACAGUGAGGUGAGCCAUCCUGGAUUGCCCACAGAACACAGCAGCAGUCACACUGGCUGAGAGAGACUGAGGAGGUUCAGUGAUCCGCUGACCCACAGGAUGUCCAAAGCCUCCAGACUGGCCAGGCCCCCUUCAGCAGGGGCCGGAUCCAAGCUGCCCUCCCCCAGGAAGGAAUGCCCUGGCACUGCCGGUCGAUCCCGGGUGCUGAGUGUGGGGGAAAAGCUAAUGAGGGCAGGUAGCGACGGUAUCCUGACCAGGCAGAAGUCUUUAACUGUGGCCGUGUCACGGGACAAAGCGCAAACCAAUAACCACGCUGAGACCCAGGCCUCCAGCCAGAGUCCAGGUGAGAAGAGCCAGAACACGGAGACGGUCCUUCCCAAGAGCAAGAUCAGCCCACCGAAAACCUCCGGUCAGCAGCAAGGCUCUGUGCACAAGCAAACCAAAAGCAACCUGAAGGUAACGUCCCCAGAGGACGCCGAACGGGUCAGCCGCAGACAGACGUCCCCAAAUGGGACCAACCCUUCCAGAGGAGAUGCCAAAAGCAGCCGCACUGUCCCGCGAAGGCACACGUUAGGGGGAGCUCGUGGCUCCAGGGAGAUCCUGGCGAUGCAGCCAUCAGAUAUGGACAAGAAGAGGGAGGCCUUUCUGGAGCAUCUGAAGCAGAAAUAUCCCCAUCAUGCCUCAGCGAUCAUGGGCCACCAGGAAAGGCUGCGGGACCAGAGCAGAAGCCCAAAGCACGGCCCCAGCCCCCAACCCAGCGUCGGGGACCAGGUGGACCACCUAUCACUGGCCUCCCUAGACUCACUGGAUGCCAUGUCUGACGCCGACACGCCCACGGCCUUCACCCGCGGCACCCGGGUUCGGGCCAGCCUGCCUGUGGUGCGAUCAACCAAUCAGACAAAGGAUCGCUCACUUGGUGUGCUGUACCUGCAGUACGGAGACGAGACCAAACAGAUCCGCAUGCCUAAUGAGAUCACCAGCAUCGACACAGUCAGAGCUCUGUUUGUUAGUGCCUUCCCACAGCAGCUCACCAUGAAGAUGCUGGAGUCGCCAAGCGUCGCUGUCUAUGUCAAAGACGACAUGAGGAAUAUGUACUACGAGCUCACAGACGUUAGGAACAUCACAGACCACUCCUGCCUGAAGGUCUACCACAAAGACCCAGCGCAAGCCUUCAACCACGGGCCCAGACCUACAAACGGCGAUGCCAGGAUGCACAGUGAUAUGGUGCAUGCUGGUCGUGAUGGCCCACACCCACUGAGACAGCCCCCCAUGGGUCCGCCACCUCACCAUCCCAUGCAGGGUGCACUCCCCCCAACCCCCCACUCCAUGCCCCCAUCACCUUCCAGAAUACCAUUUGGCCCACGGCAGGGCUCCAUACCUGGCAGCGCCACUAUCCCGAGGGACAGACUGUCUAAUGCCAGCGCUCCUGUACGGUCCAUCUCGCCAUGUCCCAGCGCCAUCCUGGAGAGACGAGAUGUUAAGCCAGACGAGGACAUGAGUGGUAAGACCCACAGUCUGUCGAGGGGAAAUGAGGGGUUGUACGCAGACCCGUACUUGCUCCAAGAGGGAAGAAUGAGUAUGGCCAGUGCCCAUGGACCACACCCCAACGCUGGGCUUGAUGGUCCGGAACACAGCAUGGGGGGGUUUCACCGUGCCUCCAUCCGCUCCACAAGCUCUUACAGUGGGCCCAGCCCCACAGACUCCAUGGAUCACCCUUCUCUGUACAGACAGAAGUCCAGAAACAGUCAGCUGCCUACGUUGGGCUCCAAGACUCCGCCUCCAUCCCCUCACCGGAUGGCUGAGGUGCGGAUGAUUGACAUCCACAGUGGGCCUCCUCAUGGCGUGCCUCCUCAUGGCGUGCCCCCUCAUGGUGUCCCCCCUCAUGUUGUCCCCCCUCAUGGUGUCCCCCCUCACGGUGUUCCCAUGGAGAGGAGCUCACCUGUCCGCCAGUCCUUUAGGAAGGAGGACAUGACAGGGACCAAGACCCGGGCCAACAUGGGAUCACCGGUAGUUACAGAUCUCCAGGGUCACCUACAGGGUCCCGCCCCAGGUGCCAAUGAACACCAGACACGAGAGCGAAUGAAGGCUAUGGAGCAACAGAUUGCCAGCUUGACUGGUCUUGUUCAGCAUGCACUUUUAAAGGGGCCAAACACUAGUGGCACCAAGGAGCCUCUAAGCGAGAGACCACCAAAGACAUCAUCUCCAGCCCACAGCGCUCACAGCUCAGGUGGUUCUCCGGUUUUGGCACCCAAGAAUAGUUCAGCCCCUCCAGACAAGGUCUCAGUUCCUCUUAAAGUCAACCUCCUGCAGUUCAGGAAAAAUGUGUCUGACCUCAGGAUGCAACUCCAUCAGAUGCGACAGCUGCAGCUCCAGAACCAAGAAGCGUUACGGGUGCAGCUGAAGCGGGCCGAGCAGGAAAUCAGUGUUAAACUGGCAGAGGCCAUGCGGCGUCUGGAGGACCCGGUCCAGAGGCAGAGGGCUUUGGUUGAAGAGGACAGGCACAAGUACUUGGGUCUAGAAGAGCGUGUACUAACACAGCUCAGUGACCUGGAGCAGUAUGUGGGUUCUCUGCAGAAGGACUCGACUGCGACACACAGAGUAGUGACUCUGAAAGAUGUUGAAGAGGGAGCGGUGACUCUGAGGAAGGUGGGAGAGUCUCUGGCUGGGCUCAAAGGGGAGUUCCCAGCCCUGCAAACCAGGAUGCGGGCCGUUCUCAGGGUGGAAGUGGAAGCCGUCAAGUUCUUGAAGGAGGAGCCUCAUAAACUGGACAGCAUGCUGAAGAGAGUCAAGAGCCUGACUGACACACUCAGUAGUCUGAGAAGAUGUGCCACUGAAAGCACUCAAAAAGGUCCUGACUCGUCUGCUAAUGUCCCUGUGGACAACAGCCUUUCAGCAGCAGAGCCCCCUGCUGAAGCUCCCCCAGUAUCAGCCCAACCUGGCUCCCCAUCUGCUCCCUUAGAGCCUCAGAGCUCUACUAUCAGAUCAGAGGUGAUGCCUUCUUCCCCGGUGGUCAUCCAUCAUGUCCAGAGCUCCCCGGUGCAAAUGCAGCAGUCCCAGCAGUCUGCAGCCCUCACUGCUCAGCCCAGCCCACCACUCACCCCCAGCCCACCUCACCCCCCCAGUCCCAACCCGAGCAAGAGUCAAGACAGGGAGUCUCCUAAGGGGGGCAUGGUUGAUCCUCCGAGUCCUGUGCGUCAUAAGAGGACACAUGGGAAUCCGACAAAUAAUGGCAACGGCACCACCAGUCAGGAUCUGGUUAUAGAGGAACUCCAGAGCAGUCAGGACAAGAGCAAAAACAGGGCUAUGUCUAUAGAGGCAGCAGAGAAGGAAUGGGAGGAGAAGAGGCAGAACAUGGGUCAUUAUGACGGAAAAGAGUUUGAGAAGAUCCUCCAGGAGGCCCAAGCCAAUAUGAUGAAGGGAAUUCCUAAUCUAGAAGUGGAGGAGAACCCAGUCAUCGUCUCUGCUACCACUGGAGAACAAGCAGAAAAUAACAGCCCAGUGGAGUCUCCAACAGAUGAGUCCAAGGCUGAGCCAGUUGCAGACAAACCAGCCAAGAAAGGACCCGAGAAGCUCCCUAAGCCUGUGGCAGAGAAACCAGCCAAACCUCUUCUAGAAAGGUCCUCCAAGAUCAGAUCUGAACCCUCUUCCAACACCAAGCCGGCUCCCAUAGACACUGUGACCAAGACGGGAUCUGAAAGGGCGAACAAAUCUCCACCACCCCCUCCUCCUCCUAGAAAAACCUACCCCAGCUCCGGCUCAGGCAUGACCACCACACGCUCUGGGGAGGUGGUCUACACCAGCAGGAAGGAGUCUGUGUCGGCUCAGGAGGUUGAAGAGGAGGCCACACCUCCUGCUCCCCAACCCAAGACCACCAAGGUUCCGCCGGACACCAAGCCCAAGCCGACCACCCCUCCCCCUGUGACCACCUCGGUGACCAGAGAGGAAGAGGAUGAAGGCGAUAAGAUCAUGGCAGAACUCCAGGUUUUCCAGAAGUGCACAGUUAAGGAUGUAGGGGUGAAAAAUUUGGUAGAGCCCACCACUCGAAUUGAACCACAAAUCAGAGAACUGAGACCUGGGGGUUUAAUGCCUCUCAAAGAGAAAAAGAGCUCAGAGCCCAGUCGAGAGGAUAAAGAACCAGACACAGAUGAAAAUGGAAAUACUACUGCUCGACAGAGCCAAGGGGUCAUAUACUAUGUGACUGGACAGAUUCCCAAAGAAACUCCACCCCCACCAGGAACAGAGGAAUCCUCUGAACAUCGAGAGUCCACACAGCCUCCAUCACAGGUGUCAAAUGUCAAUGUUAAUGACAAUUCUCCAGGCCAGCAACAGCAGCAACAGCCACCCAAGUCACCCCCACCUGUAACACCUCCGCCUAUAUCACCUAAACCUGUGGGACUCAAUGGAUUCAAACUGCCAAGGAAGCAGGUCAAACGCUCUGAAUCCUUGAAGACCAAUGCAGAAAUGGAGAAAGGAAAAAUCCGUAACAAAAUUAACAGUGAAAAGAAAUGCAAAGUUAUAGAAGAGCAUGUUUCGAGUAAAAAUAUAAUACCUGAGCCUUUGGCAACCUCAACAGUGAGUAGUGAAAAAGAAGGAUCUACCCAUUCUGUUCCACCCACAGCAAAGGAUCGUAGUGAUAACAGUGAGCCGCCUAAAGCUAACUGUGAGGAGGGAAAUGAGGAGGCGAGUCUUAGUCCGGACUUACCCGGAGAGGAGGCACCUCCACCUCCUGACAACAUAGCUUUUAUGAUCACCAACACCAAGGUUCAGGCCUUAUCUUGUGGCGAGUACCAGGAGUUAGUAAAUGCUAAAAAGGGAAGUGUACAAACUGUUACUGUAGGCAAUGCUGCAAACAAAGGAAACUCAGCGGUGGAUUCUGCUGCACCACAGGAUAACGGUUUCAACAAGAAGCCUGUCAUCAUCAUUUUUGAUGAGCCCAUGGAUAUCCGCUCGGCAUAUAAACGCCUUUCUACAAUCUUUGAGUGUGAGGAGGAGUUAGAAAGGAUGCUAGCAGAAGAGCGCAUUGAUGAGGAGAGCGAGGAGUCCGACACUGAGAGGAAUGGCGGGCAGCAGGCAAAAGAGACUGAAGGGGUUGAUGGGAAAAAGGCCAAGUCAUCACAAGGCAACGCUGACCAUGCAAGCUUAUCAUCCUCAUCCUCAUCUUCAAUCUCUGAGCUCACAGACAGCGGAGUAAAUUUAGAGUCAAAUGGAGACAGCAAGCAGGAUAAGAAAAAGUUCAAGUUUAAGUUUCCUAAGAAACAGCUUGCUGCAUUGACCCAGGCCAUCCGCACCGGCACAAAGUCUGGCAAGAAGACCUUACAGGUGGUCGUGUACGAAGAUGAGGAGGAGUCUGAUGGCACCAUCAGACAGCACAAAGAAGCAAAGAGGUUUGAGAUUUCACGUUCAAAAUCUUUUGCAGACACAUCCAAGUCGACAGGCCCGGCCCAGAUGAAGAGACAGAGCUCCGAGUCCCUCCUCAGGACGGAUGAGAUCCGGAAGAACACCUACAAGACACUGGACAGCUUAGAACAGACCAUCAAGCAGCUAGAAACCACCAUCAGUGAGAUGGGACCACGCUCCCCCGAGGAGCCAGUCAGCACAGAGGAAAUGAGAGCAGGGGAUGGGAGAGGCUCAGAAGGAGUGGGGCUGAAGAGGUCAUCCUCUCUGCCUACCUCCAGAGGGUCUGGCCCUAAGGUACCUGGCAAAAGUUCGCUGAAGAAGCCUAAACCACAGCUUCUUCCACGCCCUGUAGUCAUCCCCACCACCACCACCACCACCUCCUCCUCCACUACCAGUACUGCCCCCAGUGCCCCCAGCACCGUACAACAGAACACCAGUGUCGCUUCCCCUACUAGUCGGAUGCCCGUCCCUCUGUCUGCGAAGUCCAGGCAGUCACCGGGUACCACAGACAAAGCAGGAAAACAACAAAAACUGCAGGACGCUCAGAGGCAGUUCCGACAGGCUAACGGAAGUGCUAAAAGAGUGGGAGGGGAUCAUAAAACUACUUCCCCUACUAUACCCAUCUCUAAAAUCCCUGCUUUUUAUCCUAGCUCUACUAAAGGCAGCUCCCAGUCUGCACCAAACUCAGAUGCUACUAAUCCCAUUAAUCCUUCCUCCUCUUCCUCUUCCUCCUUCUCCUCCUCCUCUGUGACAAAGUCCUCCAUCCUGUCCUCUCACGCUCCUCGUUCCGGUUCCCUCCCCUCCUCCCACAUCCUCCUGUCUAACGGAUCCCUCAAACUCCCCACUUCCUCACAGCACACAGGUAAAGCUCUCUCGUUCUCCUCGCAGACUCAGAAUGGUCGAGUGCACUCCUCCUCCUCCUCUUCAUUCUCCUCCUCAUCCUCCUCCUCCUCCCCCUCCCCUCUGUCGCCCACACCUUUGGGCCCAGGUGGAAAGAGCAUCCGCACCAUACACACCCCCAGCUUCACCAGCUACAGGUCCCACAACGGCAGCAGCGGCAAAUCCUGCAUCCCAACAGCCACAGCAGCUAAGGACAGUACCUAGCCCCAUUACCGCCUCUCUGGCUUUACCACGUAGCAGGUAGACCGGGUCAUGUUUAACUUUUUAUAGUUUGGAUUUGUGUUGUUUUCUGAUUUUGUAAAAGUGUUAAGUGAUGCACUCCCUACAUUUUGACACUGGCACUCUCACACCGACGCUUGUAUUUCAUUUAAGUUGCAUUUUCCAUCUUUGUUUGAUGUUUUCUUUAAUCCCUCUUGAAGGCAUACCAGAUGUUCUGAUAAAAUAUUUUAUAAUAGAACUAAGCAUUUUAGUUUUACCACUUUGUAGUUAAAGUGGAAGACUCUUACGGUGUUGAAAAUUAUAUUUUUCUUGAUGUAGUUAUGAAUAGGGAAUAUAGAGUUGAUGUACAAUCACAAAGACCAUGUAAAAAUUGUGUUUUAUUUUUCAAACCAGAGGUUGGAUAACCAUAGUAUAUUUAAUCUUCUAUAUUUCUUAUGUUGCCAGACAUUCAACACAACCCUUGUAAAUGCCUUUUUAUGAAUGUAUACAUAAUGUAUACAGACAUUUUAAAGCUAAACUCAUUAUAUUCUGCUUUUGUAUAGUAUUUUCUCAUUGUCACCCAUAUGAACUGCCAAUUUCUUUGACAGAUAUGUAAAACUGGUAUUAUGAGUAAUACAAGUUUUGAUUUUUGUGUGCCUAUUUGCCAAAACUGUACAAUUACACACUUCAGGCCUAUCCCAGUCAUGAGAUUUAGGGGAAUUUACAAGCACUCUCUUGGUGUGACGGCUGAAGUGUCGACCUCAGUGGUUUAUUGCUGCUGGUCCCGGUUUGUUAAGUUAACAUGUAUUGUUGUCUAAAUGUAAACUGUACUAAAAGCAAAGUGGUGAAUCAGUUCUGCCAUGUGUACAUAGAUGCUUCUACUAAGAAAAUAAGUAGUUUUGUUAACAUACCAAAGUUUAUUUGUAUGCAUGCCUUUCAAAUACUUUAGGAGAGUGGUGUAAAAGAAUAAUUAUGUUUGCACAGAUAGAUUUUUGUAAAUAUUUGGUCUUCUCUCAUUUUUGUAAAGCUUUAAAUCAUACUAUACAGGAGAAAUGUGGUAAAGACAAAACUGUGUUGGAUUAGCAAAAAUAAACAUGUGCAUGCUUGUAAUGCAAA